AUGUCGGAGGACAUGCAGAAGGCCGCCAUUGACUGCGCGACCAGGGCAAUGGAGAGCUACAACAUUGAGAAGGACAUUGCGUCCUUCAUCAAGAAGGAGUUCGAUGCCAAGUUCAACCCGACCUGGCACUGCAUCGUGGGGAGGAACUUCGGGUCGUACGUGACGCACGAGACGAAGCACUUCAUCUACUUCUACCUGGGACAGGUUGCGGUGCUCCUCUUCAAGUCGGGUUAA